AUGGGCUUCAAAGAGAAGAUGACGUCCCUCUUGCAUCGUCUGGUCCGGACCAAGUCCUUGGACCUCUACAGCGGGAAGUCCACGGAUGGGGAGGACGGGAACGUUCCAGGCCGUCUACCCAAGUGCCUCACGACGCUAGACCUGGUCUCGCUCGGUGUCGGUAGCUGCAUGGGGACAGGGAUGUACGUGGUGUCUGGUCUAGUCGCCAGAGAGAUGGCCGGUCCAGGAGUGAUACUGUCCUUCACAAUAGCCGCCUUAGCAUCCAUUCUGUCAGGUGUGUGUUACGGAGAAUUCGGCGUUCGCGUUCCUAAGACAACAGGCUCCGCCUACAUGUACAGUUACGUCACAGUGGGAGAAUUCACAGCAUUCAUCAUUGGGUGGAAUUUAAUUUUGGAGUAUCUGAUUGGUACAGCGGCUGGCGCAAGCGCACUGAGUAGCUGUUUCGACUCCCUCUUCCGGAACAGAAUUAGCACUUUUAUGAGAGACAAUGUCGGCGAAUUCGGUAUACAUGCCAAGACAUACCCUGACCUCGUCGCCCUCGUCAUCGCCGUCAUCAUGACCCUCAUCGUCGCUGCGGGUGUCAAGAAAUCGGUUGUCUUCAACAACGUCCUCAACGUCCUGAACAUGGCAGUUUGGGUGUUCAUGCUGGUAGCUGGCUUCUUCUUUAUCAAUGGAGAGAACUGGACAGAGAAAGGAUUUCUGCCCUAUGGUUUUUCAGGGGUAAUGACUGGAGCAGCUACAUGCUUCUACGCUUUCAUUGGUUUCGAUAUCAUAGCAACGACUGGUGAAGAGUCUAAGAACCCAAGCCGUUCCAUUCCCCUUGCUAUAAUGUUGUCUCUUCUCAUUUGUCUUGUUGGAUACGUGAGCGUGAGUUUCGUGCUAACCCUUGGCGUUCCAUACUAUGACAUCAGCUCGGAGUCACCUCUCAUGGACAUGUUCGUUCAAAACAACGCCGAGCCUGGCAAAUACGUGGUCGCGAUCGGGUCCAUCGCAGGACUGACGGUCAGCCUUCUCGGGUCACUCUUCCCAAUGCCGAGGGUCAUAUAUGCAAUGGCUACUGACGGUCUACUGUUUAGGUUUCUAGGAAACAUCAAUGUGGUGACCAACACACCAGCGAUAGCCACAAUCAUCGCGGGUUUCCUGGCCGCCAUCAUGGCUCUCCUAGUAAGCUUAGGAGACCUGAUCGAGAUGAUGUCCAUCGGGACAUUAUUGGCUUACACCUUGGUGUCCAUGUGCGUCCUGAUCCUCCGCUACCAACCCCACGUCGAACUCCAGGUCUCCAUCAACACCGGGCUGGCCUACGACACUCUCGACAACGAAGACGACGACGAAAUCAGCGCACCACCCGCUAAAGAAUCCACGAUGUCCGCAGCGGACCCAACGAUGCAGGGAUCGACGCUGCAAGAGGCAGGCCCCGAGCAGUUGCUGCCAAAGCUUGAUUCGCAGGGGACGCCAAUACAUAGCUCGGUGCCAAAGUACGGAGCAGUCGGGGAGGAAACGGACGACGAGUUCCGGACGUACAACCGAUGGAAUUUCUACCUCUCGCGAGCAAAGCAGGUGACGAACUGCUACGCCGACAUCGUCCGCGUCAAGCUAGGGCUUCCGGAGACGACGUCCAUGCCGACAUCGAAUACGGGUCGUAGCGUGACGAUGUCGACGCUGUUCCUGUUCAUUGUGUUGUUCUUAAUGUGCACCCUCAUUAUCCACGCUCAUAGGUUUCUCUCGGACUGGUGGGCCGUCAUCUUCAUGAUCAUCUUUUGCAUCCUUCUCCUCGGAACCAUCAUCAACAUCAUCCGAUUACCGCAGAAUCCGGAACGUCUGAAGUUCAUGGCACCCGGAGUGCCCUUCUUGCCUAUCUGCGCCAUGUUUGUUAAUGUCUAUCUCAUGCUAAAACUCUCAUAUCUAACCUGGAUCCGGUUUGCAAUCUGGCUUAUUGCAGGUCUUUUAAUUUAUUUUGGAUACGGUAUUUGGAAUAGUAAUAUAGAGGCAAGGUUUCACGAUACAACGAGAAAAGGCAAAGAUGGUAAAGAGGCGAUUCUAAUGGAUACAAAUGAAGUAAACAUGCCAACGGCACCCGUACUUAUCCCAGCCCACUCGACCUCAGAGCCCUCCAAGCCAGAGGAUAGUAUACCAGCCCCAGCUUCUUCUUCCGAUGAAUUCGAGACGCCUUAAAAACCAUGUCUGAAUGACUAUCAUUUACUAAUAUGAUAAUAUCGAUGCAUUCCCGAAGCGGUGUUCAGACUAGAGUUGAUAAACCGUGUUUAAGACAACCAUAGUCGUGAUUCUUUUAUAACAUAUAGAUCGGUCAUGUCAGAUGUAUAUAUAUUAUUCACAUCAACAAUGAUAAAAUAAGAAGUACAUACAUUUGAGCUGGUUUUUGUUUCAAAUUGUGUUUCUCUUAAGAAAAACGGUACAAUUUCCCCCCUGAAAUACAGCAUCACUGCACAUUAAGGAUUAUUAUCAGGUAUGUUGCGGCGCAUCAGCUAUGUGUAGGAUGUUUACGGUAUCUAGUCUGAACGACCACUUUAUCGAGUUUCUACAUGUAUUCGAACAUCAUUCGUGUAUUUAUGUCUCUGUGUAUCUAAGACUACUCUUUCGAGUGUAAACGGUUUUGCGGCCAAAUUAAACCUUGCUGCGAAGUCAUAUUAUGUUAGCGUGUUUAAAGGAAGACAUCUUUCUUUAAAAGAGGCAUAUUACUUUAGUGAUGGGUGUUCCAUCAGAGAUCAAAAACAUUGAUAUACAUUUAUUAGUGAAAGUACCAAAUUAACGGUAAUCUUCGCCUAAAUGAAUUGUGCGAAUUAUAUCUUGACCAAAAUGUUGUUUUAUUUAAGAAUAUGAUUAUCUAAUGUGGUGUUGUAGUUUGAUAUGUGUUUUUAGUACCUGAAUAUCCCUAUGAAAAUCUGCUUUUAUUUUCUGUAGAUAACGCAGAUCCCUUUUUACUUGAUAAACUCUGAUCAUAAAAUGAUUAAGCGAUGAGAGGGCUGAAAAAGGGGAGGUGUUUUUUUUUUAAUUUGUCAUAUUUUAUAUUGUUGUUCGAAUAAACAUUAUUUCCUGAUUGCCGUCCAUAUUUUGAUUUAAAAAUAACAUUAUCUAACUUAUGAAAUAUAGCAAAUUUGCAUCCAACAAAAUAAACGAUGUGGAAUUAUUGUAGAAAAGCCGAUAAAUGAUACGGAAUAGAAAAUCGUUAUUGAGUUCAUGGAUUUACUUAUUUGUAUAAUGUAGAAAUUAUUUUAUGAUGAUAACCUUGGAGCUAGUUUUAUCUGGGCGGUGUGUAUAGCCUGACUUUAUAUAGACUUUGAAAAUAAAAGUUAACGUUGUGCAAAAAAAUGAUACAUUCUGUUGACAUCAGACAUUCGAAGAGAUUAUGGCAAAGGUAAGGCGAUUAUCAAAUAUAUAGAAAUAAACUUGAUGACGAUGCGUAUGUACUUCCUUCAAGCGCGUUAAGGCGACCGCGAUCCGAUUUUGGAAUAAAACGUAGUAGAAUUCGAUGCUUACAUUGAAACAAGAAAUAUCUUACUAAGUAAUAUUCUAAAUCAUCCUACGAAUACCUAUGUUCAAAUAUGUGACUAUGCUAUCAUCCUUAUUAGAAUGAAAUUGAAUUUAAUAUCUAGUCGUAAUGACGUCCUAGCAGUAACGAUUGGCUCCGUUUUGAAACUAAUUCUUGUCCUAUACUCCAAAAUAAAGGCUUGGAAUCUUUCAAAAUUGUUAUAUUAAUAUUCUUUCAGUUAAUUUGAACCUCAAACAAAAUGAUAUUUUCCAUUCACAUUUUCAGAAAAUGAGUAAGAUGCGAUUUGUUCCAAAAUCGGAUCGUGAACCAGUCGUGCGAUGGCUUUUAGAUAUUCAAUUUAUUUUGAAUUUGCUUAAUCAUAUCUUUGUUCCAAUCGCUAAUUCUCAAAAUACCCUGUCUAGCUCUUUAUACUCCCAGACAUUCCUCCAAAAAUCGUUUUCAUAUGAUCAAUGAUUCAAAUGUGUUAUGUUAUAGCAGUUUAUGUUUUGGUAGACGUAGUACAUUUUUAAUUUGUUAUAUCUUUUUUAUGUGUAUAUAAUGAAGAGUAUCUAUAGAAAGAAAAGUGGCACAGCCUAUAAUGUGAAAGUAUAAUUUUCAAGUGCAAUGUAUGGAUAUAUUUAUGUGAUUUGUAAAUACAGAGAUGGUAUACUGUCGAAAAGUUUGCUUUUAGAGAAGAGGCUGUAUCGAAUGGUGUGAAUUUUAAAAUGGCAGCAGAUUAUAUUAUAACACUCUUCCUUUUACACUCUAAACCAGAUUGAGUAAAAAUUUACCAGAUAUUGGGUAAAAAAGGGAACAAGCAUAUUGGGCAAAAAUGCAAGUUUGAACGUUAAAUUUCAACGCAGCAUCGCGUAAAAUUUACGAAGUAUUUGGAGUAAUUUUACUCACCAAGCAUACAUGCUCCCAUUUUACCCAAUAUUGGGUAAACUGUUUUUAGAGUGCAACAAUGAUUGGAGUGAUUGCCAUCGUUUAUUGUACAAUGCCUUACUUCUAAGCUUAUUGUUCGUUCAGCAAUUGGGAGGCUGAAUGUGCAACACUCGUUCCGCUGCGCACGUUGAGUCCAAAAUAUACCGUUUUGUCGGUAGAGCCCCCCCCAAAAAAAAUUAUUUGUAUGCCAAUCCGUCGAUAUAAUCCUGUUCACUCAAAAGUUUUAUUUGUACACUGCAAAAAACGCCGGUGUUAAUUUAACACCAGCCUGGUAUCUGUAUCGGAAAACACCAGGGAAGUGUUGAAAAAACACCAGUUAAGAAUCAAACCGAAAUUGGUUUAAAACUAAUUGGUGUUGCUUAAAUGCCAAAUUGGUAUAAGCCUAACGCAAAUCCGUUGUUAUUUAAACACCUCUCUGGUGUUUUCCGAGUAAAAUACCAGGUUGGUGUUAAAUUAACACCGGCGUUUUGGGAGUGUGAUACAUGUAUACAUGGAUCUUGGCGAUUAUUCUAUUUCGUAAGUCAUAAUGAAAUCGUUACUAAGGAUAAAGAAAAUAAUAUUCAAUAUGCCACAGAUAUUCCCUCUUUACCCUUCUAUAUUAUGAUAAGUAUAUACAGUAUAAUUUGAAUUGAACAUUAUUCCCGAAACUUCUUAGACAAGCCAUUGGUUAAUUAAAUAUCGGUAAAUUCUCAUUAUUGUGUCCUCUACGUCGAGUUUGAAAUAACGUUUUCUCCUGCCAUUUUGAUUUUCGCCAUUCUAAUUCAUCCUGUUGGAAUAUACUGAUCUUGUUUCAGUUGUUGAGAUAGAGAACGAUUAUAAGACUGAGCAUAGAGUUUAUCGUACAAUUAAUAGUGUACCGUGAAUUAACAGUAUGAAAUAUCAUAGAUAAUUAUUUAGCAAAUUAUUUUAUGUGUAGCUGAUUAUUGUUGAUAAAUGUCAGAUGUUUAUUUAUUUGUCGCAAUAAAAAUGAAAAAAAAAUCGAAA